GCAGAGCCUCUAGUGAUUUUUUCUCUUUUAAAAAUACACAAGGAGUUGAGAGAGAGAGAGAGAGAGAGAGAGAGAGAGAGAGAGAGAGAGAGAGAGAGACAAAGCCAAUAAAUAAACCUAAAAGGAAGGACCUGGGGGAGUUCGCGUGAGUGUGAGCAUCGUGAUUGUGUGCGCCUUUCUGUCUCUCCCUUUCUUAUUUGUCUUGGUGUGAAUCUCUCCCCGCCAAGAACCCUCCCCCUGGCUCAAUUGUACUAUUCCCCUACCCUUGGAAGCCGGCUGCCAGAGCUGACGCUUUGAUGAUAUCGGAAAGCGUUUGUGCUGAUCUUAUUUCUGCCCCCUGAAUAUUAAUUUCCUGAAGCUGGUAGCGCUACAUCUCCCCAGUGACGGUCCCUACUAGAGGCAGGUGGGGGAAGCCACCAUCAAAUCAUAAGCAUAAUAAUAAUACUAAGGGGAGGGAUUCUUCUGCAACCAGAAGGCGAGAGGCGAGAGGCUGGGGGCGGGGGGGGAGCGAUGAGUUCGCCAAAUACAUGGAGCGCAGGAAGCUCAGUCUGCCGGACUCCUGUAUUUUCGCAGAAAAUGACGAUGUGGAUGCUGCUCCUGCUAGCUCUCUACCCGGGCUUCACUAGCCAAAAGUCUGAUGAUGACUAUGAAGAUUAUGCUUCUAACAAAACAUGGGUCUUGACUCCAAAAGUUCCCGAGGGCGAUGUCACUGUCAUCUUAAACAACUUGCUUGAAGGAUAUGACAAUAAACUUCGACCUGAUAUAGGAGUGAAACCAACAUUAAUUCACACAGACAUGUAUGUGAAUAGCAUUGGUCCAGUGAACGCUAUCAAUAUGGAAUAUACAAUUGAUAUAUUUUUUGCCCAAACAUGGUAUGACAGACGUUUGAAAUUUAACAGCACCAUUAAAGUCCUCCGAUUGAAUAGUAAUAUGGUUGGGAAAAUCUGGAUUCCAGACACUUUCUUCAGAAACUCCAAAAAGGCAGAUGCGCAUUGGAUAACCACUCCCAAUAGGAUGCUGAGAAUUUGGAAUGAUGGCAGAGUGCUCUACACUUUAAGGUUGACAAUUGAUGCUGAGUGUCAAUUGCAGUUGCACAACUUCCCAAUGGACGAACACUCGUGCCCCCUGGAGUUCUCCAGUUAUGGCUAUCCACGUGAAGAAAUUAUCUACCAAUGGAAGCGUAGUUCAGUUGAAGUGGGUGACACAAGAUCUUGGAGGCUUUACCAAUUUUCAUUUGUUGGACUGAGAAAUACUACUGAAGUAGUCAAGACAACUUCUGGAGACUAUGUGGUUAUGUCGGUCUACUUUGACCUGAGCAGAAGGAUGGGCUACUUCACCAUCCAGACCUACAUCCCCUGCACGCUCAUUGUGGUCCUGUCUUGGGUGUCUUUCUGGAUCAACAAGGAUGCUGUUCCAGCCAGGACAUCUUUAGGUAUCACCACUGUCCUGACAAUGACCACCCUCAGUACCAUCGCCCGGAAAUCUCUCCCGAAGGUUUCCUACGUCACAGCAAUGGAUCUUUUCGUAUCUGUUUGCUUCAUCUUUGUCUUCUCUGCUCUGGUGGAGUAUGGCACUCUGCAUUAUUUUGUCAGCAAUCGGAAACCAAGCAAGGACAAAGACAAAAAGAAGAAAAAUCCUCUCCUUCGGAUGUUUUCCUUCAAGGCCCCUACCAUUGAUAUACGCCCAAGAUCAGCCACCAUUCAAAUGAACAAUGCCGCCCACCUUCAAGAGAGGGAUGAAGAAUACGGGUAUGAGUGUCUCGAUGGCAAGGACUGUGCCAGUUUCUUCUGCUGCUUUGAAGACUGCCGAACAGGAGCUUGGAGACAUGGAAGGAUACACAUCCGCAUUGCCAAAAUGGACUCAUAUGCUCGAAUCUUCUUUCCCACUGCCUUCUGCUUGUUCAAUCUGGUUUAUUGGGUCUCCUACCUUUACCUGUGAAGAGAUACGGGUUUUGUUGAUGAGGGUCUUAUUCACUGAAUCUCAUGGAAAGAAGAUGUCCUUUCUACGUUUAUUUAAAGAAUCCUCCAUGUAGUCAAUAAUGAUCGAGUUUGUUUUUAUGUCAUAACACGGUAAAUUGUAUAAUGUAUUGUUUGUGCCCAACUCUCCUUUAAUUAGUGUAAUUUGAACUUCAGUGUGUGCUGUGUUUCAAACCUGCGAGGAAAAGUAAAAUGAGGGCAAGAACAUUGAAAUCAAGCAAGAUACUUUUCAGUUACAGCAACUGAUAUAGGCUAUUUAUAUGGUAGUGGUAUUCUUACUGAUUCAUAAUGCAAUUAGAUGCAGAAGUCCAACACUAUAUCAUUUGUGCACUCGGGGUCAAGUUGUGAUAAAGUUGAACACAAUAGAAUAUGUCCCACAUUUGAGAAGAAUCACAACUCAAUUUAGAUAUUAAACCCUAGUUUAGAAACCUGUUAUGCCUUUUUCCCAAGAUAGGAAGAAAACUUCCUCCACGUCACAUGUACAAUGAUGUAAAUAUUUCAGUACCAUAGAAUGCUUCAAGUUUAAUGCAUGCCUCUUUUUAAAGCCAAAAUAAAUGGAUUGAAGUUAUCUUCA